AGAAAUGCCCCUUCUCAGGAAGAUUCCCAGUCUUUUUUCUGUGCAUACUCCCAACUUCCUUGCCGAUACAAAGAGCAAUGAAAGAGUCUUCAGAGCUAUGGAAAAAGUCAUCAGAUUAUGCCAGGAUGAUAGAAUUCAACUAAAAAACAGUCCACCUUACAUUUUAGAAAUUUUACCUGAGCUCUAUCCUUUAUUACAGACAGCUAUUAAGCAAGUUUUACAUGAACUGUCUUCCUAUAUUUCACUUUCGGAUAAGAACUUUCUUCACAAUACGAGUAACGCCGACAUGCCAGUGUUCCUUCCAGAGUAUUUCACACAUCUGUGGGACAAGUAUAAAAUUCCGGAAAACCUGGCAAAUUCUGCCAUUUAUCUGAAGUUGUUUUUGACAAAUGUGUAUCUGAAAUGCAGAGAUAUCGUUCAACUGUUUAAGGAGGACGAAGGUCUAUCUGAAUUGUCAGAUGCCAGAUCCAAGACUAGGUUGAAAUUGAGUCACAUCUCUCUGAUUCUGUCCAACAUGUGGAAAGAGUUUGAGGCCAUGUUCAAUGUCAGUGUCCAACAGGACUCCAGUGUCUUCACAGGUAGUGAGUUCAAGGUCACCAAACAAGAGGGUAACACAUUCUGGCAACACCAUUUCCCCAAACAGUGCAUCGUGCACUGGUCGCACUUUGUGCGCGUGUUCACCUCUGCCAAAAACGAGUUCGAGAUCAUGUCCAGUGAAGAGUCCCUGCGUCUGCGGGAAACAUUCGACAUCACGGAGAACGGCUACGUGUCAGUGUUUGAGUUCGACAUCUUCGUCAGACUCUUUCACCCAUUCCGCAACUUAAUUAAGAACUGGCUCCAGAUUACCAGUCAUCCGGCUCAUAUGGGUUUCAAGACGUACGAUGAAGUAUGUGCCAUUUUGGGCAAACAUAAGUCCCGUCCCGGCAGCUACGUGUUCCGUGUGAGCUGUACUAAGUUGGGCCAGUGGAGCAUUGGGUACGUGGAUGGGCAUGGCAAGAUCCUGCAGACCAUCCCCAGCACCCCCACCCUCAUAGAGGCUCUCAACAGGGGCGUCGAAGACAGAUAUUACCUGUAUCCGAAUGGGGAGGACUACAACCCAGACUUGAAGGCGGAGGGUGUGGUGGAAGUGGAGCAGCUGGUAGUGAGUGAGGAGGAGCAGCAGAUCUACCAUUUGAUGGACUCCACCUACGAAGAGUGCAAACUGUGCUACGAGAGACAGAAGGACACCAAGAUAGAACCAUGUGGACACCUUAUUUGCAGACAGUGCCUCGAGCAGAUCAGGAAACAGACUAAAGCGGAGUGUCCAUGGUGUAGACAAGAUAUCAGAGGAAAUGUUAAUAUCAACAUCCAGCCGAAAGACAAGCCAGCCAAAAGCGAACAGCUUCCAGCGACCAGCUACGAACUCCCAACAUACAAACCAGAAAAGAAGCAGAUACAGUCUAAUUCAAAAAAUCUAGGAGGAGGCACCUUGAGCGACUUUGACAACCCUUUUGAAAGAAGCACCAGUACCAUGGGCGCCAGUACUUUUGCCGCGGGAGUCGCAGAUUACAAUGGAAGCUAUGCUUCAGAAACACUGCCCGCCGGAGCAUCAUCGUCAGGAGUAGGCGUAUAUGGUAAUUAUGGAGCCUACGGAACAAAUGAGUUUAUGGCCAAUAGACCUCCGCAACCAUUGCCUCACGUACCUCUGGCAACCUCAUCUCGAAGUCACAGUUCCUCAGAGCGAAAACCGAGAUCCGACACAUUGUCGUCGAAAUCAAGCAGUGGCCGAAGACAUCGCAAAGUAGGUCAAAGGCCUCAGAGCUCGAAUGGGAGUUCGAAUGAUUUCGUUUAUAAUACAGCGCUUGUUGUUGCACUCCCUGAACCGGAGUAUGGUGCUACGUUCGACCAAAACAGACCCUUAUCCGAUCAUGAAGAUCCCCCGCCACCUUACACCGAGUCUCCAGAACAAGAAUCGUCUUCAAAUCCAUUUUCAACUGAAUACAUUAACUUGGGUCUUGAUAGCGUGGCAAACGAAGACAGUCCUACUUCUGAAAAUGAUUCAGCAGCUCAAAAUGGAAAUUUUUUGAGGGCCAAUGAAUCUCUAAACCUUCGCAAAUCCGACACAGCGAUAGCGGGUCAAGGUAGGGACGGAGCUGCUGCAAUUAUCGGUGCUAGUUCGGGUGGUCAGACGGAGUUUUUGGGUAAUAGCAACGGAGUCUCUGAAGGUGCUUUGUCCAACUCGUAUCCUGCUCUGUCUGUAUGCAAUCCGAUUUACUCUUCGUUCACCUGACCGAACUGUCACAUAGCCUAAAAUGAAUUGAUGUUCAAUGGACUGAAAACCACUCUGUUUGUCAAAGCUAUAUGAUAUGAUUUUCAGUAAAAUUUAGACUAAUAGUGGCAAUCCCAAAUUCUCUUAGCCAAAUUUGAAGAUUCACUUAAAUUAACUUCAAUUAAAAUUUACAAUGAGUAGAAACAACAUUGCAGCUGAAGGAUAAUUGAUCAUUUGUUAGUUUGUGUACAAUAGCUUUAUUUUUCUACAUUGCGUGUGCCCUUCAGUGGCGAGAUCCCGAUGAUAAUGGACUGAAUAUUUCGGUUCAGUUGCAAUUGCGUUUGACCCUCUGAAUUCUUACUUCGACAGAUGUAUGAUGAUGAAUUUUAUUUCUGGAAAAAAUUGUUGAAAAGGGUCAAAAUAAUGUAAUUGUUGUGUUGUGCUUUGCGCAUGUGAAAGAUAAUAGCUGUUUUUUUUUUCGUUGCAGAUGUCGAUAAAAUAAUAGCCAAAGCAAGAGCUAACUAAAUUGUUUGUACAUAAUUUAUCUCUAUGAGUUCAAACUGAUUCUUUUUUCA